GAUAGUCUGAUCACGUGUGCAGAUCAAGCUGUACUUGUCAGAUGUACUAACUAAGCGCCUAUAGACAGGUUCUCAGGGGGUAGUCAGGACUUCGGGCAGUUCAGUCCAUAAUGCAGGUUCUCAUGGGGUAGUCAGGACUUCGGGCAGUUCAGUCCAUAAUGCAUUACGUUGUCAUUGCAUUGUUUCGAUUGAUUGGGCUGACUGAUUAACUUGAUGGAGGAUUUAACAUGUUCCUUAUCCUGUCUCCCCUUAGAGCACAGGGGCAUGUUGGGGGCACAGUGAUAGUGUGAUGGUUUAACCAUGCCAGUGUCUGUUGGGUUGGAGGAGGUGCCUAUGAGAAGCCGUGCCUUCAUGUAGACAGAUAUAAUCUGCAGUCACCGGGGGAAAAUCGAUAUCUGACAUUUACAUGAGAAAAUCUUUCUUCCCUUUUCAUAAAAUAGACACUGUAAAUAUAUAUAUAUAUAUAUAUGGAGUCGACCAGAAAGUGUAUCGCGAAUCGUCCCCGUAUCUGAUUCCAGUGAUGGAACAACUCGAGGGGGAAUAACAACCGAGAAGCUGUAAAACAUGGCGUCAUUCCUUGUCCUUGACAACUGCUAGGUGGCCCGGAUGCGGAGGACAUCGUUACGACUGGGUGUAAUCGUCCUGGUAGUUUUACCAAUCUACAAAGCUGCACAGAAGGACGAGGACCGUUACACACAGAUAUUCUCCGAACCCUGCACGAACAGAUUCCACCAAACGUAUAGAGAGGAGAAACCUUUUCUCAUUGACCUGCAGCCAGGAGAUGAUGGUUUUCAACACUCAAAGCUAUGUAGUAUGGCUUUUACUGCCUCCCCUGUCCAGGAUGAAAAUGGCGACAAUGUUCUCGUCUGCUUUAAGUUCCUCCAGUUCACCCUCCUUAACUGCAGCAUUGAACUUAAGGUGCAAGGCAUCGAGCAGAAAAUACAUUAUUUCAAACAUAAACUCCUUGCAACAAAUGAACAAAAAUGCUUUUGGAGAACCACUGUCUAUGUACAUAUAAGAAGUUUGGACUACUUCAACUGUGACCCCACUACCAGGAUACGGAUAGAGGUCAAAGCCAGGAACGCAAAGUCCAUAGAUGAUCGUAUCAUGUCCGCCGGGAAUUGGAUUACUGCCACCCUGCUCAUUGUAGUAUUCUCCAUCGGUGCACUCUCUCUGGGCUGCUAUAAGUACAAGUACAAAGUAAGAAUUAAUAGACCGGUUUUGGGCCGGACAGAUAUUCCAGACGACGACUACCGCAAUAUCGCUUCAAGGCACAGCAGGUUUAGUCAAGAUCAACGAUCACGUCCCUUACCGAGGCUUCAUAACAAUCAAAGAAUGUCAGCAGCAAACGGAGGUUUUAGAGUGAAUGGAAGUCGACGAAUGAAUGGGAACCGAAAUCAGCGUGUAAUGUCAGUCCAACGAAGGUAUACUGGCCAAGCACAGAGCCCAAUAAGUGGAAGAGAAAGAGCAGAACGUAGCAGUCCUCACCAUGACAACCAAAUGCCACUUGUGUACACAAGGGCACCACCGCCUUCUUACGAGGAAUGUAUGGCCGCCACAGAUCAACCUUUAGUGUAUAUACAGAGACACAUAGUUGUCGAUGAAACUGAUCUUGACGACAUACAGGAAGAACAGCUCAUAAAUGAUUCACCACCUCCGUACCCUGGACUUUAAUCAUUGUUCCAGUAAAACCAUAUUUUCUUUAUUAUGCAAGAUAAAUAAAUGUUUAGAUUCCCUCCAUUUCAUACGACAGAAAUAUGCGCUCUGGUUAACAUUUUGUUUGAAAAGACGGUAUAAAUCGACAAAAAGGUGAAUGCAUAUAUUGCCCUGUUGACUGUUUUAUUUAACAGAAAUGUGGAAAGCAGUGCCCUGUAACCGUUUAUUUGACAAAAAAUUCCAAAGCAUUGUCCUUGCUACCGUUUUGUUCGACAAAUGUGUAACGCGGUGCUCUGGCCACCUUUUCGUUUGACAAGAAGGUUCAAUCAGUGCCCUGUUCACCAUUUUAUUGGUCACAAAAGAUGUAAAACAGUAGUCUGUCCAAUGUUUUUUCUAUAAGAAUCGGAAAAGUUGUUAUCUUGCCAUCAUUGUUUUCAACAAGAAUGUGUAAAACGAUGACCUAUCACCGUUUUAAUCAACAAGAAUGUUUAAAGCGAUGGUCUGGUCACAGUUAUAUUCGACAAAAAUGCAUUAAUCUGUAGUCUGGUCACCGUAGGGGUUUGGUCACUAUAGGUGCAGAAGGGCAAAGCCCAAAAGGAGAAUUUGAGGUCUUCAAAUCCUUCUGCUUCUGUACCAAUAGAGGAAUUUUAUUCAAAUUUGGCCUGGAGCAUCCUUGGGCAAAGGGGACUUAAUUUUGUAUAAUAGAGGGUUGCUUUUAGGGGGCAGAGGGAUGGGCCAAAUAGGAGAAAUUGAGAUUAAAUAUUGAAAUCCAUCCCACUUCAUGGGGGCAGAAAGAGGGGACCUUAUAAGGGGUGCGUGUUGCUGGAGACAGCCAAUAUUUGGAAAUAGGUGGAAGAAUAUUUUUCCAUGGUUGCUUUAUUAUCCAGGUGAGCGAUACAGGCCCUCUGUUAUUGUUACAAACUAGUCAACAGUGAUGUGUUUAACAAGUACCGAACACCUCUAAAUGUCAUCAAUGGUAAAUAAAUGUCAUGCUUACUGUAAAUAUGGACAACUGGCAAAUUAUAAUAGUUCUUUUUGUGUUUUUAUUUUUUUAUUCCAUAACUAUGCAUUUUAUUGUCAUAAGUUGCGAUUUUUAGCUCACCUGCCCGAAGGCACUGAAUCAUGGUUAAAUAAAGAAAUCCAAACCGCCAAAAUAUUCCCUCCAUAUU